UCUCGUCGCCAUCUUCAAACAAGUCCAUUGCAGCAUUGCAGAGAAAUGGUUCGUGAGGAUUUGAAUGAUGUCUUGUUUGGGUAAGGUUUUGUCCUUAUCCUUCCCGCCCAAGCCGUAUCUUCUGUGCAAUUCCCGGUGUGUCCGGAGAUUGAGAUGGCGAUCAAUGGCGGUGGAGCCGGAAUCUUCGUCUGCAGUUCCCUUGAUCGACUCGGAAUCCGCGGAGAAAACGGCCGCCGGAUUUUGUAUCAUAGAAGGGCCUGAAACAGUGCAGGACUUUGCCAAAAUGGAACUGCAAGAGAUUCGAGACAACAUUGGAAGCCGUCGAAACAAGAUUUUCUUGCACAUGGAAGAGGUCCGGAGGCUGAGAAUACAACAAAGGAUCAAAAACGCGGAACUCGGUAUCACGAGUGAAGAGCAAGAUAUUGAACUCUCUAAUUUCCCAUCGUUCAUUCCGUUCUUACCCCCAUUGAGUGCUGCCAAUUUGAGAGUUUACUAUGCAACUUGCUUUUCGCUUAUUGCCGGGAUUAUCCUCUUCGGUGGCCUACUAGCACCUACUCUUGAGCUGAAGCUGGGUAUAGGAGGCACAUCGUAUGUUGAUUUCAUUCGCAGCGUCCAUCUACCUAUGCAAUUAAGUCAAGUUGAUCCGAUAGUGGCAUCGUUUUCUGGUGGAGCUGUUGGCGUGAUCUCGGCUCUGAUGGUGGUUGAAGUAAACAAUGUGAAGCAGCAGGAGCAUAAAAGAUGCAGAUACUGUCUUGGAACAGGGUAUCUAGCAUGUGCUCGUUGCUCGAACACUGGUGCCCUUGUUCUUAUAGAACAGGUAUCAACUGUUGACGGUGGGGAUCAACCUUUGUCUAAACCCAAAACCGAAAGAUGUCCAAACUGUUCAGGAUCUGGAAAGGUGAUGUGUCCGACAUGCCUAUGCACUGGAAUGGCUAUGGCGAGCGAGCAUGACCCUCGGAUUGAUCCUUUCGAUUGAAGAAAUACCCUCCAUUUUCUCACUCUCUUCUGUAACUGUCGUUGAGAAUGAUGCGUUCAUAUACACACACACACACACACACACACAGCUACUCCCUGUAUAUACUCAAACGAGUUGACAUGGAAUGUCAGAUCUGUACCAACAAUGUCA